AUGAAUAAAAAGUUGGAGGAAAGUUUGUGCAGUAUUUGGGUAGCUGGUUUAGAGCAAAAAGAAAACGAAAUUAAAGAAGAGUUUAAAAUGAAAUUAGCCAAUUAUCAGAAAAAUUUGAAAGAAAAUUUUGAGAUGGAAACUAAAGAAGUUUCGAAUGAUUUUGUGCUUGGCUUUAAAUAUUUGAAGAGAAAUGAGUUGGAAAAUAUUAUUCCAAAAAGAGGAAAAAAGAAAGGAGGAGAUUAGUAAAGAUGUAGAUAGUUGGAUAUCAUGUUGGAUAUGAAAGGCAUGGAGCUCUUUUAUUGG